UCCACAAAACAUCUAUUUUUUUUAGAAAGAUGGAGAAAAAUGUUUUUGGUUCACGCUACGGAACAAUAGAAGAUUUUCCGCUCAGUGAGAAGAGAAGACCUGUAUGCAGUUUACUGUGUAAAUGUAUGAUGGGUGCUGCUGCAUUAUGUCUCAUCAUAAUAGGUUUAAUAAUUAUUGCCCGGGAGAGAAAUUAUGAAGAAAAAAUGGUUUUGACACUUGUUGACAUCAAUGUCGAUACUGGACCUAAUAUUGAUGUAGUUCUAGCUGUGGAUAAUUCACAAAAUCAACCUGAAUAUGAUCAAGGGGGUUCAGAAAAUCAACCUGAGUAUGAUCAAGGGGGUUUAGAAAAUCAACCUGAAUAUGAUCGAGGGGGUUUAGAAAAUCAACCUGAAUAUGAUCAAGGGGGGUUAGAAAAUCAACCUGAGUAUGAUCGAGGGGGUUUAGAAAAUGCCGCAGAAUAUGGAAUUUUGUUCCCCAAGGAGACUUCAAACUCUGUUGCUAAGAAGUUUAAGAAGGCAGUUGUUGCAAGUGAUGGUUCCCCUUGUGCGACAGUCGGAUCUCAGCUCUUAGAGGAGGGAGGGACAGCUGUUGAUGCAGCUGUUGCAGCGCUGUUGUGCAAUGGUGUUUACAGCAGCCAAAGUAUGGGCAUAGGAGGUGGGUUUUUAAUGACAAUAUAUGAUGCUGAGAGUGGGGAAGUUGUGUCUCUAAACUCUAGAGAAUCAGCCCCAGCCUUUAGUUCGAAGGAUAUGUUUGGUUCUAACAGCACACUUGCAUUAAAGGGUCCGCUUGCAGUGGCAGUUCCUGGGGAAAUAGAUGGAUAUUAUCAGGCUCGAGAAAGAUAUGGAAAUAAAUCGAUUAGCUGGAGAAGAAUAUUGCAACCAACUAUAGAUAUGUGCAGAAACGGAAUUCCAGUAUCAUGGAGUAUGGCAAAUACUAUCAGUGAUUUUGAUUUUACAGACCCGACAUUACGCAGUACAUUUACAAAUCCAUCCACAGGAGUACCGUACAAGGAAGGGGAUAUGUACAAGAGAGAAGCACUUGCUAAUACAUUAGAUAGAUUAGCUGCUGCUGGUUCAGGGAUUAGAGAUGAAUUCUAUCAAGGGGAAGUUGGACGACUCCUAGUUCAAGAUCUACAAAAAUUGGGUGGUAAGCUGACUAUGGCUGAUAUGGCAGCGUAUUCGUCUGUUUGGUCUCCUACUGUACAAACUGUACUGAAAUCUGUAAACUUGACAGUACACAGUGCCCCACCCCCUGGCAGUGGAGCAGUACUGGGAGCAAUCCUUAACAUUAUGGAUCAAUUCCCAGAUCACCAGGACGAUGUUUUGUUCUAUCAUCGACUGACAGAAGCUUUCAAGUUUGCCUACGGUGUCAGAAGUUCACUUGGAGAUCCCCAGGAUAAUGAGAUUACAGACCUUGUCAACUCUUUAGUGAAUAAUAUAACAAGUGAAGCGUGGGCAAGAUCUGUUUAUCGCAAGAUCAAUGAUAGGCAAACCUAUAAUGAUUUAGAAUACUAUGGGGCUGAGUUCUCUAUGGUUCCAGAUAAAGGAACAGCCCAUCUAACCGUUCUGGCCGAAAACGGUGAUGCAGUGUCUGUUACGAGUACUGUAAAUACGAAUUUUGGUUGUGAACUGAUGUCUCCCUCUACUGGAAUAAUUUACAACAACGAGAUGAAUGAUUUCUCUUUUCCUUUCUUCUCUAAUGAUUUCAACCUACCCCCCUCACCUAGUAACUAUGUGAAGCCUGGCAAACGACCCCAGUCUUCUAUGUGUCCUGCAAUCAUACUAGACAAUCAGGGGAAGGUUCGUCUUCUGAUUGGUGGUGCUGGUGGUACAAGAAUAACUACUGGUGUAGCUCAAACUCUAGCAUCACAUAUUUGGCUCAAGAAAAGUAUACAGGAGUCUAUAGAUCAUCCCCGACUUCAUCAUCAGCUUGCACCAAACCAACUGGAGUACCAGACAGAGUUUAAUAAGGAUAUAUUGGCGGGAUUAAUUGAGAAAGGACAUCAGUUGAAGGACCGGGGAACGGCAGGAUCAAUACUUACCGCCGUUCAUAUUGAAAACGGCGGUUUUCUUGGAGUAUCUGACUACAGGAAGGCGGGCGGGGUGGAUGGAUAUUAAUGGAGUUUUAUGUUUUUUUAAAGAUGAAACUCGUUUACUUUUUAUUGUGAUUUAUGUGCAUAAAAUUUCUUUAAUACACAUUAAAAGUUUUUCACAUUUU